CUUAAGCCGGUGACGUCACUUCAGGGCGACAAUCAUCUUUGUCAGUGAACAAAAUGGCGUCUUACUGUUUGACUGUCACUAGGCUACGGUUGGUCCUUGGAACCGGGACAAGGCGAAUUCAUGUCUCUACAGCCUUCAGCGCCAAGGCCAAGGUGGCCAUGAGCCGCUUUGAGCCUGGCUCCAGCAUUAACUAUGAGAAGAUGCAUGAGAACAUCAACAUUGUACGCAGGAGGCUCAGCAGGCCUCUCACUCUGUCAGAGAAGAUUGUGUACGGUCACCUGGAUGACCCAGCUGGGCAGGAGAUCGACCGCGGCCGCACCUAUCUGCGUCUGCGUCCAGACCGUGUGGCCAUGCAGGAUGCUACAGCUCAAAUGGCAAUGCUUCAGUUCAUCAGCAGUGGUCUGCCCACGGUGGCGGUUCCCUCCACCAUCCACUGUGAUCAUCUGAUUGAGGCUCAGAUUGGAGGGGUACAGGACCUGCAGAGGGCUAAGGACAUAAAUGAGGAAGUGUACAACUUUCUUGCAACUGCUGCUGCUAAAUAUGGAGUUGGCUUCUGGAAACCUGGAUCAGGGAUCAUUCAUCAGAUCAUCCUGGAGAAUUAUGCCUAUCCUGGGGUGAUGCUGAUUGGUACAGACUCCCACACUCCCAAUGGUGGUGGCCUGGGUUCAAUCUGUAUUGGAGUGGGUGGAGCUGACGCCGUGGAUGUCAUGGCUGGAAUCCCUUGGGAGCUCAAGUGUCCAAAAGUGAUUGGAGUGAAGCUGACAGGAACCUUGUCUGGUUGGACCUCUCCGAAGGAUGUCAUCCUGAAGGUGGCUGGCAUCCUGACUGUGAAGGGCGGCACUGGAGCCAUUGUGGAGUAUCAUGGGCCUGGAGUUGACUCCAUCUCCUGCACUGGAAUGGCCACUAUCUGCAACAUGGGUGCUGAGAUUGGAGCCACCACGUCCAUUUUCCCCUACAACCACCGCAUGAAGACGUACAUGGAGAAAACUGGCCGUGGAGAGAUUGCCACUGUGGCUGAUCUGUUCAAAGAUGACUUGGUCCCAGAUAAAGGCUGUGAAUACGACCAGGUCAUUGAAAUUAACCUGAGCGAGUUGAAGCCCCACAUCAACGGACCGUUCACCCCUGACCUGGCCCACCCUGUGUCUGAUAUUGGGGCUAUAGCUAAGAAGAGUGGCUGGCCCCUUGAGGUUAAAGUUGGUCUGAUCGGCAGCUGCACUAACUCGAGCUACGAGGACAUGGGCAGAGCGGCCUCUCUGGCCAAGCAGGCUCUGGAUAAAGGUCUGAAGUGCAAGGCCCAGUUCACAGUCACCCCAGGAUCUGAACAGAUCCGCGCCACUAUCGAAAGGGAUGGAUAUGCCAAGAUCUUGAGUGAUGUUGGUGGGAUUGUACUGGCCAAUGCUUGUGGACCCUGCAUCGGACAGUGGGACAGGAAGGAUGUGAAAAAAGGAGAGAAGAAUACUAUUGUCACAUCCUUCAACAGAAACUUCACUGCCAGGAAUGAUGCUAACCCAGCUACUCAUGCUUUUGUCACCUCUCCUGAGAUUGUCACCGCCUUGGCCAUCGCCGGGACCCUCGACUUCGACCCAGAGACAGACUAUCUGACCACUCCUAGCGGAGAGAAGUUCAAGCUGGAGCCGCCCACCGGUGACGAGCUGCCCUCCAGAGACUUCGACCCGGGCCAGGACACCUACCAGCACCCCCCAGCCGAGGGCGGCUCAGUCAAGGUGAACGUGAGCCCCUCCAGCAACCGUCUGCAACUACUGGAGCCCUUCGACAAGUGGCAUGGAAAAGACCUGGAGAACAUGAGGGUCCUGAUUAAGGUGAAAGGAAAGUGCACCACUGACCACAUCAGUGCUGCCGGCCCCUGGCUGAAAUUCCGCGGCCACCUGGACAACAUCUCCAACAAUCUGCUCAUCGGUGCAGUCAACAUUGAGAAUGACGCCGUCAACAAGAUCAAGAACCAGCUGACAGGAGAGUACGGAGGUGUGCCAGACGUGGCUCGCUACUACAAAGCCAAUGGAGAGAGCUGGGUGGUGGUUGGAGACGAGAACUACGGAGAAGGGUCCAGCAGAGAGCAUGCUGCCCUGGAGCCACGACACCUUGGAGGACGCGCCAUCAUCGUCAAGAGCUUUGCCAGAAUCCAUGAGACUAACCUGAAGAAGCAGGGCCUGCUGCCUCUGACUUUUGCCGACCCCAAGGACUACGACAAAAUUCGCCCUGAUGACAAGAUUUCGAUCACUGGGCUGAAGUCCUUUGCUCCCGGCAAGCCUGUGACAGCUGUGAUCAAGCACAGCGAUGGCAACCAGGAUUCCAUUUCUCUCAACCACACCUUCAAUGAGACGCAGAUCGAGUGGUUCCAGGCUGGCUCCGCCCUCAACAGGAUGAAGGAGCUCCAGUAAUUGGUGGGAGAGGUGGGAGGCAGGGCCUGUAGGGGCCACUGAGGGGCCUUGGCACGGGUUAAAAAGGGGAGUAGUGUGGGCCUAGAGAGGGGCUUUGCAAAGAGGAAGAGACAAUGUGAACGGUAGAUGAUGACCAGUCUUUUUGGUGUUCAUGUUGGUUUAGGGACAACUGUCUUUAUGCUCGCUGAAAGAAAGAACUUACACACACACAAGGUCGCUGUACAGAUGAAAAGCGCACACACACAUACACACACAAGCACGCACUUGCACAGACAGGAUUACUGUGAAAGCACUCCCACAGCAGCAUCACUCGCACUGGCAGCACUCCUCAGUUUAACAUCCAAUUUGUCGAGCUUAUUUGUUCACUGAGUGUAACCCUGUAGCUAGAUAUUUUCCUAAUUUUGUGACAGAUUGGUAUCACUAUUUUAUUUUUCUAAUGUGGAUGUUGUUAGAUUCAGUCGUUUCGAGCUUCCCCUUAGAGAAACAGACUUAUUGGAAGCAUUAAAAUAAAGGAUUAUUCAUUAUCAACCUCAUAUUUAAUGAUGUACCUAGCAGUAUACAGACCUGAUUCAGACCCUGAAUUAAUGAAGUUAGAUACAGAAUAUCAUUAAAGUAAAAUUGGUGAAGCAGUGACAAUUUAACAGCUUCAUGCUUUAAUAUCUUUAACUGCAUUAUACCUCCUCUUUAAUGUUUAUCUCAGUAGUUUCCAUCCAAACAGCUCAAUAAGCUGAAUGAGUUGUUCAACUCAUGAAUGUAUUUUUCCUUCAUUAUGUCCAGACCUGUCAACUGAAGAGCAUCUUUUCCACAUGUUAUCAAUCAUUAUGAUGCACCAAAUGGAGAUGAACUCCUCUAGUCAUGCUUCAGUUUCCUCCUGCAGUGGGCUGAUGGGUUUGUUGCUUUCUGACUCCGUUAUUGACUUGAACAAUUGUUUCCUCACUCAUUGUAGAUUGGAGCCACACUGUAAACAAUCUACCACGCGCACCUAUUUACUGUAGGCAGCAUCACUAACAUCCCAUCAGCCCGUGUGCUGUCAGGGCACAACUGCAGUCCAGCCGUACCCCACUCAGUCUGAUAUCUUUCAUACUGUUGUUGUUGCACCCUGAGCAUUACACAGACUGUGGUUCACUCCUGUACAUUUCAGCCAACAUGUGAGUCUGUGUUCACUCCCUGCUGUUCUUCCAGUGCUUGCUUGCUCAUACUCUUGUCUUUUUGCAUGACAUAACACCCCAUUGUGUGAAAACUUUCCUGUGUGAUUGUCUGGGACAACAAACCACAACACAUACUGCUAUUGUGUUGGUGCUAGGCUUGCCAUUUUUUCUUUCCAUCUGUGUUUUGUCCUGUGUGUGAGAUGCCUGAUUUUGUUUUUAUCAGGUUAACAUUGGGCUGUGUUGACAUCUGUCUGUCCCUCUUUGCUCAUCCUGUCUCUUUUUGCUCUCACCAGGCUGGAUCAUGCAGUCCAAACCACAACCUAAUAUGUUUGCGGAAAAUAGGCUGUAAUCAGAUUUAUAUUGCUAGACACUGAAGCUGCGCUGGGCAAGAUUUUUAAUGUAAAUCCUCUUGUAGUGUAUAGAUACGGGAAAUCUUCUGUCCCCAUAUGAAAUUGCAGCGUAACAGUAUAAUGAAACUGCUGUGAUCUUGCUCUACGUUUCUUUAGUAGUAAAUCCACUGGAAUAAAGCUCCACAGGUCAGUUGGUUGUCCUGUUCGGACGCUAUGUUAUCGCUGUUUCUCUAUUAAAUCUCAGUGUGUCAGUUAGUCCUCACUGUCAUCUGGAGCUGCCAGUGUGUGAAAUUGCCUCGUUUGGCUGUAAUGGGAGAUGACAGGCUGUGUUUGUUUUUGAGUUGAAUGUUUUUUCAGGUUGAGGUUUGGUCCACCAUAGCAUGAGAAGGCCUGCUGUCUUCUUACACAAACAUACGCACAAUCUAGUGUCCAGAUGCCUGUACACUAGCACUUUGUAGAGUUAGGAAAGUAGUUUUAGGUGUGCUUUGCCACGUUUCCUUUAUCUUUUAAUCUUCAGUGGAGAUCUCUGUUGUGUGUGAUUCUAUAGGACUGACAUACAACUCAUAAUAUUCAUGACUGAUACACAAGUAUUCAGACUGUAGAAAAAUUAGACUCAAGAUCAUUCUUGUAUUAAGUUUGGUAUAAACCAGAGUCUUGCAAUGAUGUAUACCUAGUGUGUGCCACUGAAACAGUGUGGUUAUAUAUUUUUGCGCGCUUAGAGACAUUUGAGGUAAUUGCUUCUAUGUUUUAUGUGGGAGUACUGCUUGUCCUCUGUGUUCUGUUCUCAUCAUCAUCCAGAAACUGUAUAAAUCCGUAAAUUCUGUUUUCUAAAAAGUAAAAGCUUUGGUUCAAUAAUUACAGUUCCUGAGAUAAAUCCCCAUGUACUAAAGGUUACUGAGUUUGGACCUGUGUGUAAAUGAUGUGAUAUAAAGCUGCGAUUUGUAUAAGGAUGUGUAAAUAAGUAAUAAAUCAUUAUAUAGAUAUAAAUAUAUAUAUAUAAAGAAAGAGAGCGCGAGAGCAAUUAAUAUGCUGUAUGCUGCCUGUUUUAUUGAGAACUGUCAACUCUGUUUGUGACCUCUUGUUACAUGAUGUCAUGAUUAAGAGUCCUCCCUGUAGUCUUCAUUAAACUGUAGCUCCUGUAAUACAGUGGCUUCACAAACCAGUUGAAAUGUGGAUUGUGGGUUAAAUUGAAGCACAGAUAUUGAAUUGUAGCUGUUGGUUGCUGCUGGGCUUUGACAGUGAAAACUAACGUGUUGUUUUUAAGAAGGUGACUCUUGAGGGCUUUGUGUAUUUUUAUUUUCCUUUUCUUUUUUGUUCAAAUUGUUUUCAAGGCCAGAUAUUAUUUAAAAUAGCAGCAACCCAAUUCUAAAGACUUGGACAUUAAUGACUCCAUACAGGUCUUAUCUGUUCAUGUACUCAUUAUGUUUUCUGCCCUCAUUAAGUCCCGCACUUUGAUGGUUAAACACUCCUCAUCAGUGUCAUCAGAUUUACUGCCAAAGAUGCCUAAUGAAAAUACUGAGAUGUUAAGAAAUGAUGGUUAUCCGUAAGUUGUGUUUGAAAAAUCAACCAUUAUUACGUGACCUUUCAAACCAAUCACUAUGUCCAUAAUUAUUUGAUUAUGCACAGGGUCUUGUUUCCUACAGGAUUCACCAGGAUCAAUUUUUAUUUUUAAAACAUCAAAAUACCGAUUCAUUUGAUCAUCCUUUUAAACGUAUUCAUAUUCAAACAUACAUACAGCCGCUUGUGAAGCAGGUUUGCUUCUGCUGUGAUGUAAAAUAAGGCUUUCUUGUUCACUGGUUCAGGCCUUUGAGUUUAAAUGCGCUACUGUAAAGUGAUAAAUCAAAUGAUGUUGUUCAUGAAGGCAUUGUGUGGUGGCAUGCCUAUUGUGUCAUUUUGUACUCAGGUGAGCUCUGUCUGGUCAAGCUUCCUCCGAUGUGUUUGAAAUUAACGUUUCAACAUGCUUCAUUUGUUCAGAUACCGCACAUAAAAAAUGGAAUAUGAGCAGAUGUUUUCUCAUAGUGAUGAUCCACUCAAACUCCUGUUUCAGCAUUAAACUUGAUUUUGUAAAAGUAGAUGAUAAAUUAAUAAAGCUAAAAUUCUGAA